AAUAUUGCGGGCAUUUCCCAAGUUGGAGACACCGUAAGAUGGUCCACAACCGCAACCGGCCUGGCAAGGGCAAAGUAAAGGUCACGCGCAAGUCCAAGCCCAUCCGCAAGUACAAGACCAAGUUCGUGGGCGAUGCCAAGAUCAAGGAAGUGUGGGACCACAAGCUCACGACGGCGCAAAACUACGAAAAGAUUGGGCUAUGGAAGAACCCCAACUCGAUCGAACACAUCCGAGAGUGCACGGACGAAGUGAUCGACCCCGACGAGCUGUUUGACGUUCCGGACAGCGACGUGUUGACAUUCCACGACAAGAACCACAAAAAGGCCGAGAAUCACAUGUCGGAACUCGAAAUUCAGUACUUGCGUCCGAUUAUCAAGAAGCACGGCGACGACUAUGACGCCAUGGCACGAGACAUUAAGGUCAACAACGAGCAGUGGACCGUGGCCAAACUGAAGCGCCGAUGUGCGCGCUUGAAGCUCGUCGAUUCCAAUAUCAUCAAGCAAUAAACGUUCCAUUCACUUUACA